GGCUGUUGGGGGUUGUGUUGAUAUAUAUAUUGUAGUAUUAGUGUGUCUGUGGAUGUUGGGGGUUGUGUUGAUAUAUAUAUAUUGUAGUAUUAGUGUGUCUGUGGGUGUUGGGGGUUGUGUUGAUAUAUAUAUUGUAGAUGUAGUGUGUCUGUGGCUGUUGGGGGUUGUGUUGUCGUGUCAGGAGUGUGACGGGGCGUGAGUGUCACAUGUCUCCGCAGUGACAGCGGCAGUUUGACACCUCCGCUUCCCGGAGAGACGCAGUGUGAGCGGCGGAGCAGCUCGGGACGGGACGGUGAUGGCGACCGGAGCCGGAUCAGAAACUUUGGACUCUUUUCUCAACCAGGCCACAGACCAGGAAAACCAGGGGGACAGGUGGGACUGCAUCCAGGGCUUCUACCAGCUCGUCAACCAGGAGGCUGAUGGGCCUCAGGUAGCCAUCAGUCUUCUCGCUCAUAAGAUCCAGUCCCCACAGGAGAGAGAGGCUCUGCAGGCGCUCACUGUUCUUGAGGCGUGCAUGAACAAUUGUGGGAAGAGGUUCCACAGCGAGGCGGCCAAGUUUCGGUUUCUCAAUGAGCUCAUCAAAGUCCUAACCCCAAAGUACUUUGGUGCGUGGACUCCUCAGAAAGUAAAAGACCGAGUGACGGAGGUUCUCUACGGCUGGACGCUGUGGCUCAAAGACGAACCUAAGAUUCAGGAAGCGUACAACAUGCUGAAGACACAAGGUAUCGUGAAGGAAGAUCCCAAACUACCAGACACACUGAUCAUGGCUCCUCCACCACAAAGAUCCACAGAGUCUGUUUUCGACCAGGAGGACAAGGCCAAGCUCUUAGCCAGAUUACUGAAAAGUGCUCGUCCUGAAGACCUGGAAACUGCAAACAGACUCAUUAAAAGCACCAUAAAGGAGGAACAGGAAAAGGCAGAGAAAGCCCUGAAGCGUGAAUCUACUCUGAAGGAGGUGGAGAGCAGCACCAGGCAGCUCAGGGAGCUCCUGAAGCAGAACAUUACAGGAACCUCGUUACCGCCCAGUGACGACAUGAAG